AUGCCUCAAAAGUGGCGCGAGUCACCUCAUCUGGCGACCGCGCAUAUCGAUCCAAAGAGCAUCGUGGGUUCCUUGUUCGGGACCGGAGCCACAAAACCGAAAGAGAGCAAGCCUAAGGACACCCCAUCAAAGGAGGUUCGACCCAAAGAGCCUCCUCGGAGGGAUAGCCGAUCCAAGGAAACAAAACCCAAGGAACCUAAACCCGAAAAGAAGUAUGAUUGCAUGAUAUGCUGCGACCCCUUCCCCCGCCACAAGGUCCACAUCCAAAAACCUUGCAACCACAUCAUGUGCAACUCCUGCCUACGCAACAUGUUCACCAACAGCCUCCAAGACCCCACCCAGAUGCCGCCAGCCUGCUGUUCCAAAGAUAAUCCCAUCGACCCCCACCACGCUGGGAGUCUUUUCGACCUCGCCUUUAAGAGGAAAUGGAACCGCAAGUACGUUGAAUUUACAACCCAAAACCGCAUCUACUGCCCGCGAAAAGGCUGCGGCAAAUUCAUCCACCCCUCCAAUAUCUACGUCGACCACAGCGGGGGUGCCAACACCGGCCGCAAAUUCGGCAUCUGCUCCCGCUGCGACACCAAGGUCUGCAAGACUUGUGCACAAAAAUGGCACACAAGCAAAGAAUGUCCGAAGGACGAAACACUGAAAGAAUUCCAACGCAUGGCAGACAAAGAGGGCUGGCGCAAAUGCUACAACUGCCGCGCUACCGUCGAGCUAGCCGUUGGCUGCAACCACAUGACCUGCCGCUGCGGCGCCCAAUUCUGCAUGGUCUGCGGCCUCAAAUGGCACACAUGCGAAUGCUCGAUGUUCACAGACGACAUGAUUGAGCAGGACCGGCUUGAACACGAACGCAACCCCCGAGCGGGCCUCGACCGCCUCUGGGAAGAAGCCCGCCAUCAAGACGACGAAGAAGACGAAGAGCUCGCGCGCCGCCUAGCUCGCCAUCUCUGGGACGAAGACCUGGAUGACUGGGGAGGCGGAAGGGACCAGUUCCGCGACGGGCCCCCUCCCCCUCGCCCUGUCCCCGCACCUAAUCAUGAUCCUGCCGCUAACGAAGCCCGUCGCGGACGCCCUCGCGACGACGACCUCUAUCGCCGCGGCAUCGAUAUCCUCACUGGCGCGUUCACGGAGGGGAACAAUGCUGCUGCUGAGCAGCUUGUUCAAGAAAUUCGCGUGCAUGUUCGGCAGCCGAGGGUGUAUGAUGUCCCGCUGCCUAAUACCCAUCCAUCGCCGAAUCGGAGGCAUUUAUCUCCUAGACCGGCGCCGCCGCGUCCUCCUGUGAGGCGUGGCUCGAUUUAUCCUGGGAGGGGUGUUCCUGCUGAUACGUAUGCGCGUGGGCGGGGCUUGGGCCAGGGGCAGGGGAUGGGUGAUGUCCCCACAGUCAUGGAUUUCUUGGAUCCAGAACAAGAUGCUGCUGAAGUUGAGGGACGGGAGGCGAGGAGACGGGCGAGUAUGUUGGCGGGGAUUCAUCGUGGUCAGCAGGGUGGUGGACGGGUGGAGGAGUGGCGGCGGCAUGUUGCUGUUGCUUGA